AUGGUAGAAUUACAUUGUUCCUUCUAUUCAUGGCUUUUGUAUCUAUCCUUUUUUCUUCUUCUUCUUCUUCUUCUUCAUCUUCUUCUUCUUCUUCUUCUUCUUCUUCGCUUGUAUAUUUUCUUCCUCCUCCUUCUCCUCCUCCUCUUCGCCUUCUUCUUCUUCUUCUCCGCUUCUAUAUCUUCCUUCUCCUACUCCUCAUCUUCUUCUUCUUCUUCUUCUUCUUCUUCUUCUUCUUCUUCUUCUCCGCUUUCCAUCUUCCCCCGCCCCCAACACUUUUUCUUCUUCAUUUCCACACAGGUUGUAUCGCGUUCUCAUCCUUCUCUCACCUCGCUUACAUUUACUUCAUCAACAUCCGCUUUCACUCUUUCUUUCAUUCUUUCUAUAAACUUCAUCGUUUUCUCCGUAUCCAUUUUGUAUAGAAUGAUUACUUCCCUUCGCAGAGAUCCUUCCUCAUUUUCUUCACUCAAACUUUUACCAGAUUCGUUUUGUUGA